AUGUGGCAGGAGCUCUGUAGAGACUUUGAUACACAGAAGCAGGAUGACGAGAUUUUGAAAUCCAUUCGUUUGGAGUUUAUCAAAAUUAACAAGGAACUAGAAAGACGCGCUGUCAGAGAUCUGGUAAAUUUGAAUCAACAAGAAAUAUACAGCAUGUUGUGUAGAACUGACGAACUGACUCUUCACCACGGUGACUUAGUUUCUUUGGCCACCGACUUUAACAAACUUUUCGACAUUGUUACUAUUAGUUCAAUGAUAACUUGGCUAGUGUCUGUCAUCGACGCUGUCUACGUCUUGAUGCAUAAUUUAUGGGUGGAGACUACAAUCACAAUAACAGCACUAGUGUUUACUGCCGUCAAUACACUCAUUUAUUUCUUAUGGUUUUCGUUGAUGGUUCGAAUGUAUAGCAGCACACAGAACGAAGCAAACCAAACAGCUGAGUUCGUACACGACGUCUGGAAUCGAUAUCACAAAACAAUGAACGUGGACUUGAAAACAGUGCGUAGCCUCGAACUUAUUUCGCUCAGGUUGCUCAACCACAAGUUACAUUUCACAGCCAGAAAUUUUUUCAAACUCGACGAAACCUUCUGCCAUUUGAUGGUAGCUGCCGUGGCGACCUAUGUCGUGAUCCUAUUCCAGUUCUAA